AUGUACCACUGUAAGUACCACCGUAAGUACCACCGUAAGUACCACCGUAAGUACCACCGUAAGUACCACCGUAAGUACCACCGUAAGUACCACCGUAAGUACCCCCGUAAGUACCCCCGUAAGUACCACCGUAAGUACCACCGUAAGUACCACCGUAAGUACCACCGUAAGUACCACCGUAAGUACCACCGUAAGUACCACCGUAAGUACCACCGUAAGUACCACCGUAAGUACCACCGUAAGUACCACCGUAAGUACCACCGUAAGUACCGCCGUAAGUACCACCGUAAGUACCACCGUAAGUACCACCGUAAGUACCACCGUAAGUACCACCGUAAGUACCACCGUAAGUACCACCGUAAGUACCACCGUAAGUACCACUGUAAGUACCUAGAAGUACCACCGUAA